AGUAUCGAUUCUCGUUUGUCGAUAAUGGAUGAACGAGAAAUUUUGAAACUAACCUAAAAAGCGUGUUUUCUCUCUUCUGUCUUGUAAUUUUCAUCUUUAUAGUUAAUUUUUUAUUGGCAUAUAAAAUGCAGAAUGCCAAAGUUAAAUUCAUUGGAAGAACCACUGAUUUUAGUGGGAAGACAUUAUGGGAAAUAUUAGGUAAUUUAAAAGACAACGGUGUAGGAAGAUUAGUUCAGAGGCAUAUGUUCAAUAGAUAUCCUGAGCCAAGCUAUUAUAGAAUUAUCAAAGUUGAUGCAUUGCCUUUGCCCUCUGCGGAUGACGACAAAGACUUCAAACGACGCCACUACUACUACUACGACAAGAGCCUGCGCAAGUGUCGUGUGUGGGUGGAGAAGGUGUUCAGAGGCCGCCACUACCCCGACCUCAUUGAGAUCGAGGCGGUCAGCUACAAGCCCGACUACCGUCUCAUCCCUCGCUCCGAGGAGGCCAAGCUCAAAGCGGCCGUUGCCGCCACACCGCCCCGCCAGAGCAUCGCCCCGGCUGCAGUGCCCUUUCCACCGCUGCUCAGGACUAUAAUCUUGGACGAGAUGAAGCAGAAGGGUAUAGAACUGAAGAGCGAGCCUUUGCUAUCGUUGACCGAAGUUUUGAAACAGGGCCGAGAAAAUAUUGCUAAAAUUGAGGGAGACCUCAGCCAAAGUGACGAUUCUAGUGCCAAAAACCUCUCUAGUUGAGUGAUGAACAGUUUUAUAUAAUUCUAGUAGAAAUCAGUUAAUGAGUUACAUCAUUUUUUGUAAAUAUGCUAUUGUUUGUAAGUUGUAUUGUAGAUCUAUUAAACUAAUU